AUCUCUGGUGCAAAGGCGAAGGGAGGCUGAGGGAAUAGGCCUGAGGCGGAGGCCCGGGCGAGGACGCCCGGGAUCAACUGAAACGGGCCGUGUAGAACCUCUUCACCAGUGAAUCGGCCUGCGCCAAGCUCUGUGGAAAUCGGAGUGGAGGUGUCGGGAACUAGGCCUAAGUGACUUGCCCAAGGCCUGGUAGCGCCCAAACCGGGUCUGGAGCCCGCGGCCUCGAGGCCUCCGAGCUCGGAGCCUCGGCGCUGGGAUUGGGGCAGCGCCGCCGUUACCCGGACAAUGUCUUUCCGGUUGAUCUUUGCUUAAUAGAUCCUAAAGCCAAUCGCUAGUGGUAUUGGACUGGCAGAGGGAGGGGAAAGGUGGAUUCGACGCGUGAGCCAGUGGGUCCGUUGUAACUGCGUUGCAUUGGGUUUCUUUCUUUCUUUUUCUUCAGCCUAGUGCUUCGUGGAGGAAGUAAAGGAAGGGCACUGCCAGGAGAAGUGAUACCCAAACGAUCGAGGCUAAGGCUGAGGCCUUGGAGCUGGCCACGGGGUGAUAAGAAAUGAAGCCAACAGGUACAGACCCAAGGAUCUUAUCUUUAGCUGCUGAAGUUGCAAAAAGUCCUGAACAGAAUGUCCCUGUUAUACUGUUGAAGUUAAAAGAAAUAAUAAACACACCUUUAGGAAGCUCAGAGUUGAAGAAAGUUAAACAAGACAUAUAUUGUUAUGACCUUGUUCAGUAUUGCCUCUUGGUUCUUAGUCAAGAUUGUUCUCGAAUCCAGGGUGGAUGGACUACAAUUUCCCAACUGACACAGAUAUUAAGCCAUUGCUGUGUGGGCUUAGAACCAGGAGAAGAUGCAGAAGAAUUCUACAAGGAAUUACUUCCAUCAGCUGCAGAAAUUUUUCUAGUUUUGGGAAGACAGUUGCAAACAUGUUUUAUCAAUGCAACUAAGGGUGAAGAAAAAGGUGAACUACUGCAUUUUUUCCAAAUUGUGACUGAUUCUCUCUUUUGGCUAUUGGGAGGCCAUGUUCAACUCAUACAGAAUGUGCUGCAAAGUGAUCAUUUCUUACACUUAAUGCAAACUGACAGUAUUCAAAUAGGAUCUACAGUCAUGAGUCUACUACAGAAUAUACUACAGAUUAACAGUGGCGACUUACUCAAAAUAGGAGGAAAAACACUGCAUUCCAUUUUAGAUGAGCUUAUUUUCAAGCUUUUAUCAACUCCCAGUCCAGUCAUAAGAAGUUCUGCUACAAAACUCCUACUGUUGAUGGCUGAAUCCCAUCAGGAAAUUUUGAUUUUACUGCGAUUAAGUUCUUGCCACAAAGAAUUCAGAAAUCUAUUAAAUAAACAGGAAAGUGGGACAGAAUUUAGUCAAGAACUUAGAGAGCUCGUUGGUCUUUUAAGUCCUAAAGUCUAUCAGGAAACAGAAGAGCAGAAGUUACAUCAAGCAGCUUGUUUGAUUCAAGCUUAUUGGAAGGGUUUCCAGACUAGAAAAAGAUUAAAGAAGCUUCCAUCUGCUGUGGUUGCUUUGCAGAGGAGUUUCAGAUCUAAACGAGCAAAGAUGUUAUUAAAAGUGAAUAGGCAGAAGGAAGAAGAAGACCUCAAAUUAAGAUCAAAGCUUCAAAGACAGAGAGCUAUGAGACUUUCCCGAGAAUUACGACUGAAUAUGCUUGAAAUAGUUCAUCCAGGUCAAGUGGAGAAGUUCAAUAAGGAACUUGAAGAGAAGUCAGCAAUUAUUAUCCAGAAACAUUGGAGAGGAUACAGAGAAAGGAAGAAUUUUCGCCAACAGAGGCCAUCUCUUAGAGAGUAUAAAGCAGCUGUUAUACUUCAAAGAGCAGUUCUUAAAUUCCUAGCAAAGUGCCGUAAGAAAAGGAAACUGUUUGCUUCCUGGCACAGAUUCCAAGAACUGCCUGAUGCACGCAGAGUGGAACUAAAACAACAAGUAGAUGACUAUAUCAGAAGACAUCCAGUAUGUAGGCCUCUUCGUCAUUUUAUGGGUUCUCAGAUGUCAGAUGUGGCCAGCAGAGAACUACAUGCUCAAGCUCAAGAACGACUGCAGCACUACUUUAUGGGUAGAGUCGUAGAAGAAAGAUCCCAGCAGCACAGAGAGGCUCUUAUGGCUCAGAUCAGCACCAGUAUUGAACAGUUGAUGAAGGCACCAAAUCUGAAGGAGGCAGAAGGGAAAGAACCUGAGCACUUCCUAAGCAGGUCUGGCCCAGUAGCAGCAAAGGCAAAGCAGGCCCAUUUCAACACACUGAAGCAUAUACAAGCACCCUGGUGGAAGAAGCUUGGGGAAGAACUAGAUUAUGAGAUUGAUAUUAAACAGGAUGAGCUUAGUAUAGAAUUAGGAGCUUUAUUCACUGGUGGGACCAAACCCCCUUAAAACUUAACAUGAAAACUGACAUAAGUCCUGUAUUUCAGGACAUUAUGUUGAUACUACCUCUGGCCUGCUGGUAGAUGAGGGCCAUCCUAACUCAUUUUUGCCAAAGGAUUCUCCCCAAACAAAAGUUGUAGGCACUAAGAAAGGAGUUAUCUACCUCUCUGUUUUCUUGUUUAUUCCAUACCCCUGUUUCUAGACUCAUAAAUAGAGGUGUAUGGCUUUUACUGUUGGACUAAAUUCAGCAUAGAAUUCUAUUGUGUGAAAUGUGAAAUUUCUUUCAUUUCUGUUUUCCAGCUAAAGGUUUUUUUCUAAAUAAAUAUUUUCAACAGUUCUGAAAAACUUGUCAGGAUUAUUUCAGCUUUUCACAUUUGUUAUUAAGAAUUACUGAUUGUUAUUAUUGUUGUUUGUGGAGAUCGAUUUUUGUCCUUGAAGGGGAGUACUAUUGAAUAGGAUUUGAUACCAGAAAAAUUUCUCCAGAUAAGACUAUCUUAACUGUAAGAACUAUAUAACCUUUUGCUUCCUUUUUGGUCUCUUUUGGGAAUCUCAGAGAUAAAUACACUUAAUGUUAGUUAUGAUCAUAGAUACCUAUAUGAUUUGGCUGUAAUAAUUCCUGGUUUCCUUAUUUACUCUUAAUUGUAUUUUAAUAGCAGAAUUCACCUCAAUUUGUUUUUGUAACAAUAUGGAAUUUAAAACAAGUAAAAAAUAUAACUACCAUAAAGAACCUAGAGAGUUCUCUUUGUAUAAGUGAGUGGAAAUACCAGUAUUUCUUGAUGGGAAUACUCAGUCCUAUAAUGCUAUCCAUUCUCUCAAAGCU